AUGCAGCCUUCAGAUGUAUUCGUGGGGUCGAUCGACCAGGGCACAACAAGCACUAGAUUUCUCAUCUUUAAUCGAGAUGGGGAGCCUGUCGCCUCAUACCAGGUUGAGUUCAGCCAAAUAUAUCCAAACCCAGGAUGGCACGAACAUGACCCACUUGAGCUCAUCUCCUCUGUGGAAACAUGCAUCGAAGGAGCAGUCCAGGAAUUCGAAAGCAAAGGCUACUCUCGCACCAACAUCAAAAGCAUUGGGAUAACAAAUCAACGAGAAACAACAAUAGUCUGGGACCACGAGACCGGUGAACCUCUCCACAAUGCCAUUGUCUGGACCGACACCCGCUCUCAGUCCAUAGUGAGCGAGUUGAAACAGAAACCAGGCGUAUCCAACCUUCAAUCCAUCUGCGGUCUACCGCUGUCAACCUAUUCGUCCGCCACAAAACUACUGUGGAUGCUCCAGAACGUCCCAAAGGUACAAGAGGCGUUUAACCGUGGCACUCUCGCGUUUGGCACGGUCGAUUCGUGGCUUGUAUACCGUUUGAACGGUGGCGUAUACGCCAACGUCUUUGUCUCAGAUUCAACAAACGCCUCGCGGACGAUGUUUAUGAAUCUGGAGUCGUUACAAUAUGAUGAUACACUCUUGGACUUUUUUGGCAUCAAGGGAAAAGUUCAUCUCCCAAGGAUAGUGCCUUCGUCAGACGCGAACGCUUACGGUAUGGUUGCCGUGGGUGCUCUGGUGGGUGUUCCGAUUAUGGGAUGCUUGGGCGACCAGUCUUCUGCGUUGGUUGGGCAGAAAGGGUUCUCGCCUGGGAUGGCGAAGAACACAUAUGGGACGGGAUGCUUUUUGCUUUACAAUGUUGGUGAGAAGCCGGUGUUUUCACACCACGGGCUACUGGCUACAGUCGCAUAUGAUUUUGGAGGAAAGCCCGUCUAUGCUCUUGAGGGGAGUAUUGCUGUGGCAGGAUCUGGGAUAAAGUUCCUGCAGAACAAUUUGAAUUUCUUCCAGGAUGCCAAGGAGGUGAAUGAUCUAGCGCUGUCGGUGGAGGACAAUGGGGGUUGUGUGUUUGUCACGGCUUUCAGUGGGCUUUUUGCCCCGUAUUGGAUUGAUGAUGCCAAGGGAACCAUUUUCGGUAUUACUCAAUACACUCAAAAGGGCCACAUCGCUCGCGCAACGCUCGAAGCAACAUGCUUUCAGACCAAGGCUAUCCUGGAGGCAAUGGAGAAGGACAGCGGACACGCCCUUUCCGAAUUGGCCGUGGAUGGAGGAAUGAGUAACUCAGAUCUAGCCAUGCAGACACAAGCAGACUUGAUCUCGAUACCCGUUUACCGUCCCAAAAUGCGCGAGACCACAGCCCUGGGCGCAGCAAUCGCAGCAGGUCUCGCGGUUGGUCUAUGGCGAAAUUUCACCGAGCUCCGAGAUAUCAACCGCAGCGGAGGAGCAGUCUUCGAGCCCCAGAUAACCCGACAAGAAAGCGCAAGCAGAUUUGGAGAAUGGGAAAAAGCAGUGGGAAUGUGUCGAGGUUGGAUUGGAACAAAUCAUGAGAAUACGAACGAUACCAUUCAGGCUCACGAAGAAGUCGAGAUAAAAGCGCACGAGAAGCCCGUGCCUAUUUUGCAGGUCAAGAUGCAUGCUGCGGAUAACUUCCAGAGAGAUCAUACAUCUUGUUUGCUCUAUGAUAGCCCUGGUGAUGGCAUUGGAGGUAUGUUGAGAAUCACACGGUCACAGAAUGGGGAUGACGAAAUCCCAUCAAUCAAAAUGCCGUUAGUCAGUGUUUCAGGGGACUUGGACAGUGCAGAUGAGGAAGAUUUAUUUUUGGAGUUAAGGAAGGUUGAGAUUUUGCAGAAGCUUAAGAAAGUUCGAAAGCUGAAGUUGAGUUCCAAAGGAGGUUAUUAUUAG